AUGAAUAUAUUAUCUUUGAACAUUAGAGGAUUGGGUUCAGGAAGGUUUAGUUCGGAUAUGAAGAGUGCUUGGGUUCAGAAAUUGAGAAAUGUUAAUGAAGUUGGGUUUCUUAUGCUCCAAGAGACUCAAUUUAAGUCGAUUGGAAAUUUGGAUGUUAAUAAAUUUUGGGGUUCGGGUGAUUUUCAGUUUGAAUGGGUGGGGGCGUCGGGCCGUUCCGGAGGUAUUAUUUCCUUUUGGGAUCCCAAGAGGUUUGUUUUGCAUUCGGUUGUCAAGAAUCGGUGGUUUGUUGCUAUCAAAGGCUCGAUAAGGGAUAGUGGGAAGAUAUGUAUGGUGAUUAAUGUGUAUUCUCCACAAACUUUGGGUGAUAAAAGGUUGCUUUGGGAAGAAUUAUCUAGGAAUAUUGGCUCUGAUGAUAAUUAUUGGAUAGUAGGCGGUGAUUGUAACUGUGUUCGUGAGAGUUCGGAAAGGAGGAACUCUAAGUUUAAUAUGACGGAGGCGAAUGAGUUUAAUGAAUUUCUUGAAGGGUCAGGGUUAUAUGAAUUUGUCUUAAGGGACAAGAUUUUUGUUUCUUGGAACUUUGUUAAUGAAUGGCCUAAUGCGGUGUAUCGGACCCUUGCUCGUGAUAUAUCCGAUCAUUUUCCUUUACUUCUAAAGGUGGAGAAUAGGAAUUUUGGCGUUAAACCUUUUCAGUUUUUCGAUUCUUGGUUACAAAGGGAAGGAUUUGAGGAAGUUGUUCUAGGUGGGUUGCAAGAUUGCAUGGGAAGGGGCCCUCCUGAUAUAGUUAUGUUAAGCAAACUUAAAAGGCUCAAGAUGGUAAUUAGCAAAUGGGCACAACAAAUGGUGGCCGGUGAGAAGGAAGAGGAGGCGGGUUUGCGAGCAGAGGUAGAAAAUUUGGAUUCUAUAUUGGAUGAUAGAGAUUUAAAUGAGGUGGGAAAAUAG